AUGCCUGCUUUCAACACUAUCACUAUCCCCGAGGAGCCUUCUCCCAACUUUGUCAUUGUCAAGAACAUCUCGCUUCAGUCCAGCGAAAAGACUGUCAAGGAAUUCUUUUUGUUCUGUGGCAAGAUCAAGGAGUUUGAGUUGACCAAGGAUGACGAUGGUGAACAUCAAGUCGCUCUUAUCAACUUUGAGCGUGAAUCUGCUGCCAAGACUGCUACCUUGUUGAGCAAUGCUUUGAUCGACGAAUGCCACAUUACUGCUACGCCUUACUUUGAUAAGCAUGCUACCACCGAGUCCGAAGCUGCUCCUGCAGACAAUGGCAAUGCUGCCGAUCAACAAGAGACCAAGCCCAAGUCACGCGUUGCUGCCGAGAUUUUAGCAAACGGCUAUGUUCUUCAGGAUCAAAUUGUUGCCAAGGGUCUUGAGUAUGAUAACAAGUACGGCUUAUCCUCUCGUCUUCAAGGAUAUCUUGGUUUCCUCCAAAGCAAUGUCAAGCAAUUUGAUGAAAAGUACCGCAUCUGGGAUAAGGCUGUUGAGAUCGAUCAAAAGUACAAGAUCCAAGAAAAGGUGCAAAACGCUGCUCAAAGUGCUCUCCAAUCUGCUCCUGGUCAAAAGGCAAAGGGUCUUGCUGAACAAACUUACGCUCAAAUUGCUGCUGUCCAUUAUGAAGCUACCAAGAUCAAGGAAGAGAAGGGAGGUGAUAAGCAACAAGCUGAAGGUGAAAAGAAGGAAGCUUCGGCUUAA